GCUAGAUAGCGACUUAAAUCCGUAGGAAAUUUAAUGGUGGAAACGGCGCUAAACCUUCUUAUUUUGCUUCAAUUUUAGAGAUGACCAAGGAAACGAAAUCUAAAUCUAAUCAUGUUGAGGGAUCAUCAACAUCAACAAGCAGCAGAAAAAUACGAAGUUGUUAUGAAUGUGAAAUCUUUUUUCAGCCUAAAAGCAAUACUGAGAAGUGUUGUUCUGAUUGUUCCAAAGGUGUUAGACCAUAUGCAAACCAUAAAGUUGAUCAUAUAUACCUUGAAAAUGUGCAAAAUUCAUCUGAAGAAGUUUUGAGUAAGUCCUUUGUUGGCUUCAAACAGGAUCAGCCUCCAUUGAACAAACAAUUAAACAUUUGCAACAAGAAAACCGAAAGGAUUGACAGGUUAUUGAAUCCAGCUAAAAUUCGGAAGUUGGAAAAUGGAAAUGUUAGCUCAAAUUCAAAGAAAAAUGAGCUACCUGUUAGUCAUUAUGCCAAUAAAACUGCAGCAACGAAUAUUUUGAGUGUAUCAUCCAACACCAACAUUGAAAAACAGGUCCAUCACAAACCCACUUCUAAAAUUUCCCCCAUCAAAAGGCGAGAUAUAGAUGUUUCUCAGCAACGACAACAACUGGUGAAAUGGAACCCCAGCAGGGUAGUUAACUCGUUAGACGAUCCAGCCGUUUCACCAACAAUUGAUUUUAAACUUGUUCCUUCUCCUUGGAACCCUAAAUCAGACUGCACACAUGUUGAGUUAUUAGAUGGGCUCAGAGCCGAGGAAAGGGAGUUGGAAAAAUUGAUAACUUCAUAUUCAUUGGAAUUUAAUGAAGUCCUCUCUGAACCAAAAAAGUUAAAGAUAACUGAGCUGGAAACAAAGUUGCUGAUUGAAAAAGAAUUAUUAGCAAGUAAAGAAGAUCUACUGAAGUCGCUUGAACGCCAAGCUAGUCAAACUCAAUGCUUGGUCGACGCAUACAAAGAAGAAAGAGAUUCCUUAUCCAACAUCGCUAAAGAAUUCGUUAUCGCCCUAAGUUUGGCUCGUUCCCAGGCCGUUGCUGCAGAAAAGGGCGUCAGCGAAGCCAAACAAAAGUUGAAUUCCGCCAACGAAGGAGACUUCAAGAAUUAUCUGCGCAAUACAUUAGCUGUGAAGGAAAAAAGGGCUGAAGCUGCUAUGAAGGGAAGUGAUCUCGCUGUUUCUCAACUAGAAAAGGCUAAAAAAGAUUUGCAAGAUGCUGAAGAAGACCUUGAAACUAAAAAUGCUGUAUAUCAACAAACUUUAGAAGAAAUCGAGAAAGCAAAAUCGGAAUUGAUGGUAGUGCGCUAUAACCGUGCUUCUGUUGAUCUGGAGCUUAACCUCUACUAUUCACAACUGAAAUCUCGCACUGAGAACAACGAGAACUACCACAACCUCUUGGAACUAAAAAAAAAAAUGCUGGGCAUUAAAUUUCAAAUCGAAAAAGAAGAAUUGCUACGUAACCUAGAAAUCAAGUACAACCGGAUGAGAGAGGAACUGAAUUUGGGAAAAGAUUUGACCAACCAAUUUCUUUAACUAACACGAUGAGUAUUGCAGAUCUCUCGUAUAAUGUACUAUCGGUUUUUCCUUUCAAAUAAUCGUAUUUCAGUUUUGAUGUUUUCAACCGGUUAUUUUUAGUUAAAUUGAUCUGUUAUCUUUGAAACGCAGAAACAUUCCAAAAUGUCCGUCCUUGUUUCUCGUAUUGUACGUUGCCCGAUAAAACAGUUUGGUUUCUCA